AUGGCAAACAACUCAACAAAGAUAAAUCAGAUCUUCAAAUAUUCCAAUAGCACAUUCCAGUAAUCGGCAAAAUCCCAAUGGGUAAUUAUUCCCUCCUUUUUAAAGCAAAAUAUAGGAUUCUACAUACCAUAAUGCUCAUAGUUUGAUGAAUUGAAAGAUCUUAUUGAGAAGCAUGGUGGAAGAGUUGUAGAACAAAAUGAGUGCUUUACUUAUUAAAUAAAGCCAGAUUAGAUAAAGACUGGCUUUGAAAACUUCUACAAAGGCAAAAUCUACUCAUCUAAGUGGAUUAUGACAAGUAUCAAAGAGAAAAAACUUUAGAAUAAGGAAGAUUUCUUUAUUUGUUUGAAUUUAAGCGAGAAAUCUCAACAGCUAAAUAUUUCAAAGAAAAAGAAGUAUACAAUAAUUGAAGGAAUGAAGCUGUAUGAAUUCAUAACAAAUUAGAAGAACCCUCAGGUUUAAUUAAAAGCUUUUUGGUAGAAAAUAGAAUCUUAAUUCCUUUUGCCUGAGAGAUCUCCUGAUUCUCUUAAAAACUUUUGGUCUAAAUUUUGCCAUAAAACACUAGAAGAAUACCUAAUUGAAUGCGUUUAUGAAAAGGUUGAUUUUUGUUUUAAUUUCAAAGAGAUUCCCAAUCCAGAUUUCAUACCUAGGUUUUAACAAUAAUUCCAAAAUGAAUUCAUGAAAAUUGAGGCACUAGAAAACAUGAGUGAAGAAGAAGAUAAACAAGCUCUUGAAAAAGCAUCAUAAUCAUACGGUAUUGGAAAGAAUAUUGGAAGAUAAUUGGCAGUAUUAAAUCCAGAGCAAUCAUCAGCAAACCAAUCUAAGCAAGGCUUUACUCCAAGAUAAAGAUCUGCUUCAUUUACCAAGGAAGAAUAGAAACUUUAGGAUUUAGCUGCCGAAGACUUUUAUAUGGAAGAAAGUGCUGAAUAACAAUAGCCACUCUAUCAAUUCAAGGUCCUCUAAAAACUUGACUUAAAUUAAUAAUCCUACACAAUCAACUCAUAUGACCCUUCAGAGUCAGUGUAUUUAUCUCUUGAUAGAAGACAUAUCAAUGCCUCUUCAUUAGAGUAAGAACUCGAAAAUCAUUUAGCCAUGAGGAUGAAAAAGUUUGUUCCAACAAAUAUGGAUCUUACUGACUAUGAUAAAGACCUAUUUAAAAAGCAACUCGAUUUGGAAACAGUUAAUGUAACUAUUACUAAGGACCCUGCAAAAGCAAUAGAAUAUGAAAUAGAAAACUUCUAUAUGAGGUCAGUUGAAAGAUUUCCUAAUGAAGAUGGCAUGUUUAGACGCCUUUAAAAAGAAUUGCUAGAGAUAGCUUAAAAAUACAGUGUGAGUGAUGAAGAAAUCAACAGACUCUUCAUAGAUGUUUGCUGCAGCAAAACGAAACUUAUUGAAGUUCUAGAAAAGAAAUCAUUUUCCAAGUGGAAUGAACUUGAGGAUUUAGCUCUACAAAGAGGCACUGAAAGUAACGAAUACAAUUUCCUAUUAAAACAUAAGGGCUAUGAAGAAAUAAUAAGAAGAAAAAAGUUCUUGGGUCUUUGA